GAAUCACUAAAAAAUCCCGAAGAUGAGCACCAACACUGGAAGCAACAGCGUCACUUUGCUAGACUGCCAUUGCUAUAGGGUGAACUCGGAAUCGGGAACAUUCUUGGCCUAUGUAACGAAGCAUAAGAAUGCGCUUAUCGAUUCAGUUAAACUGCUGCCGAAAGAGGAAGCCACGUACGAAGUUGAACAUGCGCUAAACUUCAUGCAACACUACAUGCAUCUGGAGGAUGAUGGCUUGGUUGAUAAACCUCAUUCUAACCACCGAGUCCUGAUCGAUCGAAGAAAGUCGCUGUUUGAAAUCCUGCUGGAUCUGCACUCGGCUAUGCGGGCCACAUGUGUAGGCUUUAAUUUGUUCUUCUAUGGCGAUAAUCCGAUUACGUGCGAUUUCAUCAAGCUGCUGCUGCAAUUCCCCUCAUUUUCAUCUCGCGAUGGCGACCAACUGGCAUUGAACAAUGAAAUACCACUGCAAAUGGCUUACUGCACCAUGAUUGUGUUCGAUUCAAGCGAUCUUGAAUCGGCUAGCGAUCGUCUUGCGCUCGCCUGGUCCACUAACAACGCGCCUUGGGCCAUUCGUAACGUGUUGGUACAGGAAACUGUGAAAGAAGAGUUCUUGCUGCUCGUUAAAUCCAAACUGAAGCCAUUCACCGACAGCCAGAAGCAACUUCUACGAGAUUCGUUGGUUAAGGCGCUUGAGGCAGCUAAGAGCUUUGGUGCUAUGUUGACCCAAAAUGUGUCUGACGCUAGCGACAUCAAGCCAACACUUGCCUUCAUUCCUGGUGUUCAAUAUCUGCUCUCGGGUGAAACCACACCCUACCAACCAAGUCCGAUUGUGGCCGUCGACGUUUUUCGCACAGCUAAGGAAGCUGUAUCGCUGGCAAAUAGCAACAACGGGGGCUCCGUGUCGGUCUGGACCGAAGAGCUUUCACUAAUGUUCGAGGUUGCCUACGGGCUACGCAGCCAAACGGUGUGGGUAAACAGCUAUGCUGAGCUUAACCCAGAAUGUCCUUACACCUUCCGUAAGGACGACUUCUGUUACGGCUCAGACUAUGCCGUUUGUGAGAAGAAAGUGAAGCUGGUUUUUGCACCAACAAAGACCACGCCAUCGAACUGCCUGGAAACUAAUCGGGCUGCGAUCAAAAGUCUAGGCACGUAUGUGGCCGAUACGCGCAGCUACAGGGGCAAUACGGUGCAGAUCAAAAACGGUAUCCAUUAUGAGACCAUCUCUUCGCCGGCAGAUGUGGAAGCGUACGGUAGCACUCAUCGGCUGGCAAUUGUCGACAACUUCUGGGAUACGUACGUGUCUCUCGAUGUGAUUGAUCGACGACUUCUUUUAGAUACGGUGCACAACCAGCGCAAAGUGAUUUGCAUUCCAUUCGGCGUUACGUUUGCCAAUUGAAUCUCGCACAUUC